AUGUUUGAUGAGAUCUACUGGACCUUCAUUGAUCCGCGGUUUUUUGGUCCGUUUACAACUAUUGAGGAUCGACUAUGUCUUCUGAGUGAAGAAGAGCGUGAAAACAUAGACACCUUCGUUGAGAAGAAAAUGCAGCAGGCAAGUGCGGGCAAUUUGCUAUCUCAUUACAGCAUCGAUGAACUGGUUGAUCUAUAA